AUGCUUAUUUCCCAUGUGUUUGUUGAAGCGCUGCUUGCUGUAACAGCAGCAGCUGUUCGUGGACGAAGGUUCCGUCGACAGAACGGACCGACAGACCCGGGUAUCCCUUCGGAUUGUACAUUCUGGGAAACGUCGGAGAACAAAGACCAAGAUUGCGCUUACCUGGAAGAUCUUUGGGAGCUUGACCACGAAACAUUUGUCGAAUAUAACCCUACCGUGAAAAGUGAUUGCAGUGGUAUCCAGGUUGGGCAUGCAUACUGCGUCGAGGUCAACAAUGGGCUUCCUCGUGAUGAAGAACCUCCCAAAGUCACCACGACUAAGAAGACCGUUCCUGAACCGACACAAGAUCCCAAACCCAGCCCUACCCAGGAAGGUUUGAUCGACAGCUGCACUUCUUUCUACAAGGCCAAAAAGGGAGAUAAUUGUCCCAAGAUCAUCGCGGAGUACAAGACCUUUGACGUGGACACCUUCAUUGAGUGGAAUCCUGCUGUUGAAUCUGACUGCAGUGGCAUCUGGGCCAAUACUUGGUAUUGUGUGGGUGUUCCUGGUACCCCAACCAGUCCCCCAACUAAGACGGCUGCGACCUCAACAAAGCCGACAGGGCCUGCGAAGCCUAGCACUACCCAGGACGGACUCAUUGACAGUUGUACCUCGUUCCACCAAGCUGGCAAGGGUGAAACAUGCCCGAAGAUCUUAUCUACCUACGGUAAAUCUCACUUUCUAAUCAUUCACGGGGCUUCGCUAACCAUCGCUGUGUUUCUAGGUACUUUCGACUUCGAUACGUUUUUCAAAUGGAAUCCAGCCGUUGGAGAUGACUGUAGUGGUAUAUGGGCCGGCUACUACUACUGCGUUGGUGUUCCUGGAACCCCGACGGCCGCACCAACAAAAACCAUGAUGACCAGCACCACACCUAAGCCUACCGGUCCUUCCAAGCCCAGUACAACGCAGGAGGGUCUGAUUGACACUUGUGUGUCAUUUCACCAGGCCGGGAAAGGUGAGACCUGCGCCAAGAUCGUAUCCAACUUCGGUACAUUUGACUCCGACACCUUUUUCGAGUGGAAUCCUGCCGUUGGCAAAGACUGCGACGGCAUCUGGGCUGGCUACUACUACUGUGUUGGUGUCCCUGGUACGCCUACAGUGAAACCUUCCGCCACCUCUCCGAAGCCUACAGCUACUGGAGGUGGUCAGACCCCGUCUCCCAUUCAAGAAGGACUUGCCAAGAACUGCAACAAAUUCCACCAGAUCACUUCUACCACCACCUGCGCAUCGAUUGAGCGUUAUUACAAUCUGCCUCUUGACCAAUUAGUUGCUUGGAAUCCUGCCGUUGAGAAAAGCUGUUCUGGUUUAUGGGUUGGCUAUUGGGUGUGUGUCAGCGUUGAGGGCUACAAGCCUACUACGACGACAGCAGCCACAGCCACCACGACCAAGCCUGCGAAUGGCAUCUCAACACCAUCGCCUAUUCAAGGUAACAUGGUCAAGAAUUGCGAGAAGUUCCACCAGAUUCAGUCUACUACAACUUGUACUUCCAUUGAGAACUACUACAACCUUCCGUUUGACACCUUUUACUCCUGGAACCCCGCUGUCGGUAGCAAAUGCACAUCUCUAUUAACAGGCUAUUGGGUGUGUGUUGGUGCUGUUGGAUGGAAGCCUCCUACCAAGACCACCACGAAGGGUUCUACACCGACCAAGGCACCGUCGAACGGGAUUACCACACCUCUGCCCAUCCAGCCCAAGAUGGUCGGCAACUGUAACAAGUUCCACAUGGUUGCGAAGACAACCACUUGUUCAUCGAUCGAGAACUACUACAAGAUCUCGUUGGUAGACUUUGGGAAGUGGAAUCCUGCGGUCGGAAGCAAUUGUGCCGGUCUUUGGGCUGGAUAUAACGUUUGUGUCGGUGUUAUUGGUGGCAGUCCGACUAAGCCAAGCAACGGUAUCGAGACGCCCUCACCAAUUCAACCCAAGAUGGCUCUGAACGACUGCUUCGAUCUUAUCCUUUCAUGUUUCCAAAGAUAUGUCGAAACCAAGCCAUGUCUCAUUGUGCGCUUCCAAGUGCUUGCGCAUCUUCCGAUGGAGAAGGAUGAGUGUAACUCCGCAGUAGGCAUGGGCUGCAGCUUCCAGAGAGGAAGGCGUACCAGCAAGGCACUUCCAGGCUUGAAGGUUACUCUCGAUAUUGAGAUGACUUCUAGAAGUUUGAGCUUACAUCAAGAAAUCCACAGAAUUGAGGCUCAAGCAGCUUAUCUCAGCUAUGAAACCCAACAGCUGGGUGGCAACACCAAGAUUCGUGUCAAACCCUUCGGUGAUGCCACUCAGAUAGCCAGGAUUGAGCAAGGGCUGGGUACCCAAAGUGACACUUCCGAUGAUAUCAUGAUACGCAACUACUCGGGGUUUGCUUGUGACACAUCUGGUGAUAAAGAUGCCCGCAACGUGUACUUAAUAAAACCAUGA